AUGUUCAUUAAAGAAGAUAUCAUCUUGAUUAUUAUGGCUAUAGAAUCUUUGAUAGGCAUGUUGGCAAAUGGGUACCUUGGACUAAUGUCCUGGAUCUACUCUAUUAAGAAGAAUAAAACCCCCUCCCUUAACUACAUCCUCACAAGUUUGGCUAUUUCCAGAAUUUGUUUGGUCAUCAGAAUAAUAUCAGGUGACAUUGUAAAGAUAUUCCAACCAUAUUUUUAUAAAGAUGUUAAAGUACGGAUACUAUUCAGUGUCUUCUGGGUACUCAUCAGCUACUCAAGUUUGUGGUUUGCCACCUGCCUCAACGUCUUCUACUUGCUGAAGAUAGCGAAUUUCUCCAGUCCACUUUUUCUUUGGCUAAAAUGGAGGAUUGACAGGGUGAUUUACUGGAUCUUGCUGGCGGGGUUAGCCAUUUGUUUGUUGAGCAGCCUUCUAACAGCAAUACCGAAUUAUUAUAAAGAUAGUUAUGGAUUUACAGAACAUCAAAGCAACAUCACUGAAAUGUUCCAUGUGAGUGAAAUUAAAUAUUUCGACCCAUCAACCCUCUCUAACCUUUUGGCAGUUGUCCCAAUUGUCGUGUCAUUGAUUUCAUUUUUCCUGUUAAUUUUGUCUCUGUGGAGACAUACCAAGCAAAUGAAACUCAAUGUUACAGGCUGGAGAGACCCCAGCACAGAAGCCCAUAUUACAGCCAUGAAAAAUGUGACUUCUUUUCUCUUCCUCCUUUUGGUAUACUAUGGGGCUUGUCUUUUAGUAACUUAUAGCCACCUAAUAGAAGAAAAAACAUUAGCUGGUAGGCUUGGAAAGAUUUUAAUGAUUCUCUACCCCUCUGCCCACUCCCUUAUUUUAAUUAUGGGAAAUAGCAAGCUGAGGAAAGCGCCUGUCAGGAUAUUAAGAUAA